UAAUUUUCAUUUUCCCCUGUUAAUAAUCAGGGAAUAGGAUACAUAAGGAAGCACCAGAUCAUCAGAGCAGCAAGACUGAAUCCGAAGCUCUUCUUCUUCACAACCACCACCACCACCACCACCAAGAAUCUACAGCGACAACUGCUUAUUCGCACUCAGUUCCAUUCACACACAUUUGUACACUCUCCAACCCAAAAUAAGUAGCUUAUAUUGCAGUUAUACAGUAAUCGAUCUAUGGAUUAUCAAAUAAAUCUAUAGAUCGAUAAACACACACUGUUACACAAAUGGCGAAUUAUCUAGCUCAGUUUCAUACUAUCAAGAAUUCAUGUGAUCACAUCGUUAUCGCAGUUGAAGAUGUGAGUGAUCUUUGGCCGAGUAUUAAAGAUAGAUUUGAAGCGAGAUUGCCGUUUAAACGAGCUUGUUUGAAUAACAAGACGCGGAACCCUGUGUUUGUAGUGAACCUGCCUGCUGAAUUUAUAUUAACUACUGAUGCUAGACUUCGUAGUCGGUUUCCUCAGGAGCAAUCGUUGUUCUGGUUUCGAGAACCAUAUGCAACUGUUGUUCUUGUUACCUGUGAGGAUCUUGAUGAAUUCAAAACUAUCCUUAGACCACGCCUGAAAUUGAUUGUUCAAAAUGAUGAAAGGGAAUGGUUUAUUGUGUUUGUGUGUAGAGCUCAUCCAAGUAACGAUAAUGCCUCUAAAAUGGCAAAAAAAGUAUAUGCCAAGAUUGAGGUUGAGUUUAGCUCGAAGAAAAGAGAGAGGUGCUGUAAGUUUGAUCUUCAUGGCCCUGAAGCAAACUUUUGGGAAGAUUUGGAAUCCAAGAUUAUGGAGUGUGUUAAAAAUACAUUAGAUAGGCGUGUGCAGUUUUAUGAGGAUGAGAUACGUAAGCUCAGUGAACAUCGCUUCAUGCCGGUUUGGAACUUCUGUAAUUUUUUUAUACUGAAGGAAAGUCUGGCAUUUAUGUUUGAGAUCAGUCAUCUUCAUGAAGAUGCACUACGUGAAUAUGAUGAAUUGGAACUUUGCUAUCUGGAAACAGUUAAUAUGGUUCGGAAGCAAAGGGACUUUGGUGGAUUGGACCGUGGGGAUGAUCAGGCAGCACUAUUGAAUCCUGGAAACAAAUCAUUGGCACAAAUUGUUCAAGAUGACUCCUUUAGGGAAUUUGAUUUUAGGCAGUAUCUCUUUGCCUGUCAAUCAAAGCUUUUAUUCAAGCUGAAUCGUCCCUUUGAGGUUGCAUCCAGGGGCUAUCCAUUCAUAAUCAGUUUUUCUAAGGCCCUUACGCUGCAUGAGAGUAUACUGCCUUUUUGCCUGAGAGAAGUUUGGGUAAUAACUGCUUGCUUGGCUUUAAUCAAUGCAACUGCUUCUCAUUAUAAUAAUGGAGCUGUGUCACCGGACAUAGAAAAGGAGUUCUAUCGUCUUCAGGGUGAUCUUUAUUCACUAUGUCGAGUUAAGUUCAUGAGGCUGGCAUAUUUGAUUGGAUAUGGAGCAUAUAUAGAAAGAAGUCCAGUCAACAGUGCUUUACUUGGCAUGCUACCUUGGCCAAAACCUGCAGUUUGGCCGUCAGUUCCACCAGAUGCUUCUCCUCAAGUGCUUGUGAAGGAAAAGGAGAUUCUUCAAUCAACUCCUACAACGAAGUACUUUGGCAUUCAAAGGAAGCCAUUGCCUCUUGAACCUUCUGUACUUUUGCGCGAGGCGAAUAGGCGGAGAGCAUCCCUUUCUGCUGGGAACAUGUUUGAAAUAUUUGAUGGUCGCCCAAGCUUGAUUGAUGGAUCAGCUUCAGAUGCAUCACCAGGGACGUCCCCCCUAAAUAAAUCAAAUACUUCGAUGUCGCGGACUAACUCUUCACCCGGUAAUUUUGAUGGCUCGAUGGAUCGACCUAUGAGACUUGCUGAAAUAUAUGUUGCGGCUGAGCAUGCUCUUGAGCAUACAAUGUCCGAUCCUAAUCUAUGGAAAUCUUUGUCAUCUGUUGAGGAGUUUGAGCAAAAAUAUCUUGAGCUGACCAAAGGUGCUGCUGACAAUUACCAUCGUUCGUGGUGGAAAAGACAUGGAGUUGUCCUAGAUGGUGAAAUAGCAGCUGUUUGCUUCAGGCAUGGAAACUUUGAUCUGGCUGCAAAGUCAUAUGAGAAAGUUUGUGCUCUGUAUGCUGGUGAAGGAUGGCAGGAGUUAUUGGCUAACUUCCUGCCAAAUUUAGCCGAGUGUCAGAAGAUGCUGAAUGAUCAAGCUGGCUACUUAUCAUCUUGUAUCAGACUGCUGUCUUUAGACAAAGGUUUAUUCUCAAUCAAGGAGCGCCAGGCUUUUCAGGCUGAGGUUGUUCGUCUUGCACACAGUGAAAUGAAGGAUCCUGUGCCAUUAGAUGUUUCAUCGCUAAUCACAUUUUCUGGAAAUCCUGGGCCUCCAUUGGAGUUAUGUGAUGGGGAUCCUGGCACUCUAUCUGUAACUGUUUGGAGUGGUUUUCCUGAUGACAUAACUCUUGAUUCACUAAGCCUCACUUUGAUGGCUACAUUUAAUGCUGAUGAAGGUGCUAAGGCAUUGAGGAGCUCUACUGCCAAUGUGCUGAAGCCUGGUAGAAAUGCAAUUACCCUCGCUCUACCGCCCCAUAAACCAGGUUCCUAUAUCUUGGGAGUUUUUACUGGGCAGAUUGGUCAAUUGAGGGUUAGAUCUCAUAGUUUCUCCAAGGGUGGUCCAGCAGACACUGAUGAUUUUAUGAGCUAUGAAAAACCAACCAGGCCUAUCUUGAAGGUUUUCAAGCCAAGGCCUCUGGUUGAUCUUACUGCAGCUAUUUCAUCUGCCUUGCUUGUAAAUGAAACUCAGUGCGUGGGGAUUAUAGUACGGCCCAUUGACUACUCUCUGAAAGGUGCUAUCUUGCACAUUGAUACCGGUCCAGGCCUAAAGAUUGAAGAGUCGCAUGUCAUUGAGAUGGAAAGUUGUGCCAGUACAUCACAAAAUGAUCCUGACAUGGCAAACUUGAACAGAACUCAAAAUGAGUGUCCUCUGGCUCCUAAUAAAGACCUUGAUCGUUUAACUCUUCAUGAUGGUAAGAUAGAAUUUCCUGACUGGGCAAGCAGUGUGAAUUCGGUUAUUUGGAUUCCUGUUCGUGCUAUCAGUGACUCGCUCCCAAAAGGAUCAUCUUCAGUCACUCCUCAGAGACAGAGCAUUGUGGAUGGUAUGAGAACAAUAGCAUUGAAACUUGAUUUUGGAGUAUCACACAACCAGAUGUUUGAAAGGACCAUUGCUGUGCAUUUCACUGAGCCUUUCCAUGUGAGCACACGUGUUGCAGAUAAAUGUAAUGAUGGUACCCUGCUUCUGCAGGUGAUAUUACAGUCCCAAGUGAAGGCUACAUUGACUAUCUAUGAUGCUUGGCUUGAACUCCAAGAUGGUUUUGUUCAUACUGGUCAAGAUGAUGGAAGACCAACUUCAAGCUUCUUUCCACUUGUGAUUUCUCCAACCUCUAGGGCAGGAAUCUUGUUCAGUCUUUGCCUAGGGAAAGUGUUUGGUGAAGAUGGAGAGGCACGGAACCCAGAAAGCUUACUAAAUAUCAGGUAUGGAAUUUCUGGUGAGAGAACAAUUGGAGCACAUCCUCCUUUGACUGUGGAAUCAGUUGGACAUGAGGCUACCAGGCAGGAGUUCAUCUUCAAGAGUGCUCUUGUGCUGCAAAGGCCUGUACUUGACCCAUGCCUAGCCGUUGGUUUUCUUUCUCUUCCAUCUGCUAGCCUGAGAGUUGGACAACUUGUUACUAUGAAAUGGAGGAUCGAAAGGUUGAAGGGCUCUAGCGAUGAUCAAAUUUCCGAACAAUGUGGGGAGGUGCUGUAUGAAGUUAGUGCAAAUUCUGAAAUUUGGAUGAUUGCCGGGAGGAAGAGAGGGCAUGUUUCUCUCUCUGCAAAGAAAGGUUCAAGGAUAGUCAUCUCCAUAAUAUGUGUGCCUCUGACAGCUGGUUAUGUUCGUCCUCCUCGACUCGGAUUGCCAGAUGUGGAUGAGUCAAAUAUAAGCAGCAAUCCUUCUGCGCCCCAUCUGGUUUGUGUCAUGCCUCCUACUCUGAGUUCCUCUUUUUGCAUCCCAGCAUGAUAAUAUCGACCUAGUUUUCCACAGAAAAUGGAUGGAUAAUUUUAAAUUCCAUAAAUUACGAAUACGUGGGUCCUGUUGAAGCGUCUGUUCUUGUAGACCUUUAAAAUUUGUAAAUUUUGUAUGUCUACUAUAGUAGAGAAUCAAGAGAAGUUAGUUGAGUCCAUUAAUUUAGUCGCAGUUAGGCAGUUUUUGGGGUGCUAUCGUCUGCUAUGCUUAGUAUGGAGUGCUGUCAUCGGCUGCUAUAUCACAAUUUUUCGGUAGCCCUUGCUCGUGUAUAGUGAAACUUUGUAUUCUUCAUGUACAACAUAAAUAGUUUGAAUUUAAAGUUGCUCAUGUGUACUGAAAAAAUCAGGUGGUUAGAGUAAUUUAUCAUUCUUUAACAUA